AUGUGGAACACAGAGAAAGGAAACCAGACAUCCAUCACAGAAUUCCUCCUUGAGGGUUUUGGAAAUCUCCCAGAAUUGCAGCCUCUUCUUUCCUUGUUCUUCCUAAUUAUUUAUCUUGCAACAGUAACUGGGAAUCUCCUGAUUAUAUUGUUAGUUGUAGCUGACCACCACCUUCACACACCUAUGUACUUCUUCCUGGCAAAUUUGUCCUGCCUGGAGACCUGCUAUAGUUCAAUCAUUUUGCCCCAAAUGUUGGCCAACUUGUUCAGUGGUCAGAAGUCUAUUUCUUUUAUGGGAUGCAUGAUCCAAUUUUAUUUGUUUGGGUCUUGUGUUGGUAUAGAGACGUACCUUCUGGCAGCCAUGUCCUAUGACCGCUAUCUGGCCAUUUGUAGACCUCUGCUCUAUGCAUCUAUUAUGAAUAGAAAACUGUGUUUUCAGCUUAUAGCUUCAACAUGGAUAAGUUCUAUGAUGGCUAAUGGCAUUCUGAUGUGUCUGAUGGCUCAGUUAUCCUUCUGUGGACCCAAUAUUAUAGACCAUUACUUCUGUGACUUCUUCCCAAUGGAAAAAUUGUCAUGCAGUGACACAAGACUGAUAGAACUCAUCACCUUCCUCAUGACUUUUGGUUUCACCAUCACACCUUUUCUACUCACUCUGAUAUCUUAUUUUUGCAUAAUUGAAAACAUUCUAAAGCUAUCUUCAACUACUGAAAAGAAGAAGGCUUUUUCAAACUGUUCCUCUCAUCUCAUGGUGGUUGGAAUUUUUUAUGGUACAAUAAUUAUUGUCUACAUGUUGCCAGAUAUACCCAUUUUAAGGCAACUCAAUAAAGUUUUCUCUGUUUUCUACACUGUCUUGACACCUCUGGUUAAUCCUCUGAUCUACAGCUUGAGAAACAAAGAAGUUCGCAAAGCCCUACGAAGAGUGGGAUGCAAAAUAGUACAUUUUUAA